AUCAUAACCACAGGAAGUUUCGCUAGUAGCUGUGUCUGUAGCAUAACAGCUAACAGCUAACAAGCUAACAGCAAGUAUUCAAAACAAAAGCUGCUGUUUUCUUGUCAAUCAACCGAUUGUGUCGUUAUUAUGGAGCUGUAGGCAGAAGUUAUAAACAAAGUGUUGAGGAAUGGUCUGACUGCAGCAGUACCAGUAAAGAUGCACAGCCGUCUGCAGGAGUUGAAGAAGGAAGAGGAGACUCUCCUGAAAAUCAAAGUGAUGCUACAAGACCAGCUGAACAGGUUGAAGUUUGAAGAAGGGGCCUUGAAAUCGAUCAUUAGUGCUCAAACAGAAGAAGGAGCCUCUCAACGCUCUUCCCCAGAAACUGAGGUUCAUAUUAACCUCGAUGAUGAGGGCGAGAUCAAUCGAACCAAACUGCUACUGAAUGCCGCCGUAGAUUUUGAUAUGGAGGAGGAGGAGGAAGAGGAGGAGGAAGACGAAGAGGAUGACGAAGAAGACGAAGACAAUGAGCUUGAGUUUGUGCCUGAGGAGGAUGAUGAGGAUGAUUACUGAGAUUCUCAGUGUUUUCAUGGGGCUUCAGUAUUUGCAACACUGAAGGAAGAACCACAUGUAAAACGGACAUCUGUUUGGUUGUUCACCUGUUUAUCACUUAUGGAGUUUAAUUUAUUUGUUUGGAGCGAGUAACAGUUCCAGUUACAUCCACAACAAACCAUGUUAGAAUUCAUGUGUCAAAUUUUGUGAGAAAUGUCUCACUGAAAUGCAGUAAGACAGUGUUAUUAGGUGCUUCUAGCUUACUAGACAUAAUGUGCAUUUUGAGGAUUAGCAUUUAAAUGUAUGGCUGGGCCAUAUGAGAAGAUAGCGUGUAUGUAAGAAAUGAUAAUUGUAAGCACAAAAUAAAAUGUUUUGCAUAGGG